CAGGAUGUGACGUAGGGUCUGAGGCGCGCUGGAGGCCCCAGAGAUCGCCUAGAAGGCGGGUAGGGGUGUUGCGCCAGAGCUGCGAGGGAGGGGCAGGGGCUCGGAGCCCAGGACCCCUGCACUCCGCGGGACUGGGGCUGCGAUCCCGUGGGCGCGGCCGCCUAGGACACGACCGCGGCGGCUGUAGACGGCAGAAGGGCUUCCGCCUUGGCCGAGCGCAAACCUGCUGAGUGCACGCUCCCUCGCAGGCCCAGUCUCCGGUCUGGUAGUCAGUGACAGAGCGGGGCGCCCACUGCCCGAGCGCCGCCAGUUAGCACCAUGCCCGCUCUUCUGGAGCGUCCCAAGCUUUCCAACGCCAUGGCCAGGGCACUUCACCGGCACAUUAUGAUGGAGCGGGAGCGCAAACGGCAGGAGGAAGAAGAGGUGGACAAGAUGAUGGAACAGAAGAUGAAGGAAGAGCAGGAGAGAAGGAAGAAAAAGGAGAUGGAAGAGAGAAUGUCACUAGAAGAGACCAAGGAACAAAUUUUGAAGCUGCAAGAGAAGCUUUCAGCUCUGCAAGAGGAAAAGCACCAGCUUUUCCUGCAGCUCAAGAAAGUUUUGCAUGAGGAAGAAAAACGGAGGCGGAAGGAGCAGAGUGAUCUGACCACUCUGACAUCAGCUGCAUACCAGCAGAGCCUGACUGUUCACACAGGAACACACCUCCUCAGCAUGCAGGGGAGUCCUGGAGGACACAGUCGCCCAGGUACUCUCAUGGCAGCUGAUAGAGCCAAGCAGAUGUUUGGACACCAAGUGCUUACGACCCGACACUACGUGGGCUCAGCAGCUGCUUUUGCAGGAACCCCAGAGCAUGGACAAUUCCAAGGCAGCCCAGGUGGUGCCUAUGGGACUGCUCAGCCCCCACCGCACUAUGGGCCCACACAACCAGCCUAUAGUCCUAGCCAACAGCUCAGAGCACCCUCAGCAUUUCCUGCAGUGCAGUACCUAUCUCAGCCACAGCCACAGCCCUAUGCAGUACACGGCCACUUUCAGCCCACCCAGACAGGGUUCCUCCAGCCUGGUGGUGCCCUGUCUUUGCAAAAGCAGAUGGAACAUGCUAAUCAACAGACUGGUUUCUCUGACUCAUCUUCCCUGCGUCCCAUGCACCCCCAGGCUCUGCAUCCAGCCCCAGGACUCCUUGCUUCCCCCCAGCUCCCUGUGCAGAUGCAACCAACAGGAAAGUCAGGCUUUGCUACUACCAGCCAACCCGGCCCACGCCUCCCCUUCAUCCAACACAGCCAGAACCCACGAUUCUACCACAAGUGAUGACCAGAUAUCUUCACCUUACCCCUUCAUCUUCCAUGGGUGAGGGUCUCCUUCUAUGUACCCCAGGCCAAUAAAAUACCUACUACCAUUGCCUGGA